AUGAGACAAAGUUCGCGUUUUGCUGGUUUUUCGCUCUAUGUGUCAAAUACAACUACAAAGGAAGAUGGGUAUCUAUGUUAUAAGAACGGACAGGAGUCACCGCCCUUGGAUUUCAGUACAACUUGUGUCAAACAUGGACGUUACAUUAUAUUUUACAAUGAAAGACUUGACGGAACGACUUAUCCUACCGGAUAUGAAACAGCUUGGGUUAUCACAGAAUUGUGUGAAGUAACUGUAACAGGUUGUAAAGAAUCCGGUGUGUAUGGAUAUGACUGUGAUCUACCCUGCCCAAUUAACUGUCAGGAAUCGAGAUGUGACAUUGUCAACGGAACGUGUUUGGGUUGUACUGCAGGAUGGGUGGGGGAGUUUUGUAACAAAUCAUGUCCAGCUGGAUAUUACGGUUUACAGUGUAGAUUUACGUGUACUGGACACUGCAGAGACAACCUGUCCUGUAAUCACACCACUGGACAAUGUGACUAUGGCUGUGACAAUGGAUGGACAAGAACACAUUGUAACACAGAGUGUCCUGCAGAAUCAUACGGCCCUGAUUGUGUGUAUAACUGUAGUAGACAGUGUCUGAGUUACCUCCCCUGUAACAGGACAACGGGAAGAUGUGAUGGAGGCUGUAAUUCAGGAUAUACCGGGGAACUCUGUGACAAAGUCUGUUCAGUUGGUCGGUACGGACUGAAUUGUUCAGAGAACUGCAGUUCCCGUUGUCGAUCUGAAAGUAAUCAUUGUAACCAUAAAGACGGACAUUGUGAACAUGGAUGUGACGAUGGAUUCCAAGGAAGUAAAUGUGAAGAAAUUUGUGAUGCUGGUUGGUAUGGAGAAAACUGCUCUGCACGAUGUAACGAGAACUGUGUCAACCAGUCAUGUGAUCAUAUCACAGGCAGCUGUACAUAUGGAUGUAAACCGGGAUGGAGGACUCCCAACUGCGUACAGAAAUGUUCAGUAGUAACAUACGGCAAAGGUUGUGGAAAUCACUGCAGCAGUCAUUGCAGAAACAUGACAUGUAAUCACAUCACUGGAUCUUGUCUGGAUGGCUGUACACCAGGAUACUUAGGAAGGUCCUGCAACAAGCCAUGUGACGAAGGAACAUAUGGACUCAACUGUUCCAAGAAUUGUUCUCAGAACUGCCUCGGCGUUUGUGACAAUGUUGACGGAUCCUGUUCGUGUUACUCUGGGUGGACGGGAACCCCUAACUGUAGUGAAAGGUAAUCUUUAACAGAAAACAAGAGAAGCGUUCCUCGGACUAUAUAGCUAGUGCUGAAAUACCACCGCCAUUACAAGUCAACAAUACCGAUGUACAUCAGUAUCAGGAACUCAACAUGCACAAUGAUAGUUUAUAUCAGAAUCUGUCAUUAAGAGAUCGUUUAUAAAAUGUAUAUUAAACGUAACUU